AAAAAAUUGUUGUUAUUAUAUAUCAUUCCAAAUUAACUUUGCAGAAAGAUUUCACAAGCUACACAAGCUCAACCACAACACUGCACUCUCGUUGCUCGAGAGGUGAAUCAAUCAACAUAAGAACUCGACGAAACAGAGAAGAUGAAAACACAGUAGGACACAUCGAUUCAAACACCCAAAUCGAAAUACCCAAAGCUUCAAUUGAAAUUCCAAAACCCUCAAAACCUUCAUCUUUGAAUCCAGUAAAAGUUUCUUCGGAUCUCAUAUUCUCUGCACUUUCUACCUUCACAAAUUUCCCUGCCGUUGAAAAUAACCUCUGUCGCCUGUUAUUGAAGAGGACAAAGUCAGAAUAGAAAGAACCCUUCAUCCAGGUUCUUGAACAAAUAUUGUGAUUUCUAUCAAAUCUCUUUGAUGCUUCGAGGCUUCCUUCAAAUCGCAACUUUUCGACAAAUUACAUAAUUUCGUUUCGUGAUCACACCUUCGCUGUUCCGAACUACUAUACUGUCGGCACAUCAAUCGCCGCUGCACCAAAACUGCCGUCUGAAAUCACAAGACUGUGUAGGAGAAACGAUGUCGUCGGAGUUCACACUAGAGUCGUUCACAGUGGAAAGCAGCGACGAUGGAGUGAAGCUCCAUACAAGAUUGUUCAAGCCUGGCCCAGGUGUAAUAGAUGAUGUCAAAGACAAUAACUUUGCAAUCGUUCUUGUCCACCCAUACUCCGUUUUGGGUGGUUCACAGGGUCUUCUCAAAGGUAUCGCUUCUUCUUUGGCUCUUCAUGGUUACACCGCCAUCACCUUCGAUAUGAGAGGCGUUGGUAAGUCCACUGGCAGACCUUCUCUCACUGGCUUCGCUGAAAUUAAGGAUGUUGUCGCUGUCUCCAAUUGGGUCUCUCACUCUCUCUCCCUUCAUAAAAUUUUACUCAUUGGUUCUUCCGCAGGUGCUCCUAUAGCAGGCUCUGCUGUUGAUCAGAUCCAACAAGUAAUUGCCUAUGUAAGCAUAGGUUAUCCAUUUGGAAUCACUGCCUCAAUCCUUUUUGGACGACACCACAAAGCCAUUCUAAAAUCUCCAAAGCCAAAACUCUUCAUUAUGGGAACUCAGGAUGGAUUCACAAGUGUAAAGCAGCUCAAAAACAAGCUUAAAUCUGCUGCAGGACGCGUUGAAAUACAUCUGAUUGAUGGAGUAGGUCAUUUCCAAAUGGAAGGACCUGCCUAUGAUGCUUAUAUGGUGGAUCUUAUUCUUAAAUUUAUUCAAUCAUUGUAACAAAUUGCAACUCUUUUUUGAGUGUGCGUGAAUUGUUUAUGAUUACUGGUUUUACUUAGUUUAUGUACAUAAUCUGCCUUAUUGAAACACUCUUAAUUCGUAUCUUAUGUAAGCCAAAUUCUUAAAAAAAAUCAAUAUUAUUCACACA